AGCCGCGGAAUCCCGGGCGGGAGUAGUCAGGCGGUGACGCAGUGACGGCCAUCUUAUUCCUGUGUGUCUGCCCGUUGUUUGUCUGUUAUAGCUGGGCCGCGAGGACGUUUCCCCUCCCGCCGCCUGCCAGGCUGUGCGAGCGCCCUCCUCCUCGCCGAGUGACCCGACAGACCGACGCUGAGUCCCCGAGCCGCACCUCGUUCCUUGUCCCAGCGCGGCCCCGGUUCGGACUAUGGGUGGGUCGGGGUGUAGCAGGGUGCGCAGCCCUCUGAGCAGUGCCGCUCUCAUGCAGCGGGGUCCGUUGGGGGCCCUGCUCAUUUCUUGACAUGGAUCCCCCCGGAGCUCUCACCCUCAGCACCGCCAGCCUCCUCCCCCAGCAGAGACCGACAGCCCGCUCAGACACACGGCGCCCAGACAUGACAGGCGGCCGGCGCGGAUAGGACACCAGAGACACCCCACCUAGCCCAGCCGUGCCCCCUCUCCCUCACACAGCCACCGGCCCAGGACACCCAGCAGGCGCCACCCGGCCCCCUCCGGCCGGCCUACAUUUAUUAGUCUGUCGCCCACUAUCGCGACAUGGCCAUGACCCCUCACCGCUGAACAUGCCCUCAGAUUAGGGAGGUCGAACAGUAGGCUGACUGACUGACUGAGGCCUAGCGAGCACUCACUGAGCCCCCUCCCCCUUGCUUCUUGCCUAGGGCAACAUGGCGUCCCUCCCCAGGGGCUGCCACUGGCACUCUCACAUGGGCCUCUCUGUCCUCAUCCCUGGUAUGGCGAGGCAACUUUACUUGUGCUGUGAACAACCCUCUCCCACGUAUUACACAGGAAAAUAAUAUAUAUUUUUUUUAUUUUAUUUUUUGCACACAAAAAAAAAACCUGUAGAAAAGGGGGAAAGUCUUGCCUAGAGUAAAUUUGGCAUCCUUUAAAUAUAAUAUAUAAUGCAGCCUUGGGUCUGGCUUAUCUUCUGGUUUUAUUUUUUUCUUUCUAUGAGCUGGGAGGUUUAAAUAAAAUGCCAUCAGAGGAUGGCUUUUGAUUUUAUGGUACAGGCUAAUAACAGGGAACGGCUUUAUUUUUCCAUCAUUGUGCCCCUGGCAUUUUAAGAUGUGUUUCAAUUUCUUUUUGUAGUUUUUUGUUUUUUUUCAAAUUAAAAAUGCCUCUUUACUUUUCAUCAGACAGAGCUAUGGUUGUGCAGCCCUAUGUGUUUGUUAAUCCUGGUAAUAACACAGGCUUGUCACACAUUGCCUAACUAGCGCUUUGGGUUUCGUUGACCUGUUAAUUCACUUAAAGGGGGUCAGAUGGCUUGUAUUUGUUAAACUGGUGUCUAAAGCAACGCAAAAAUACCCAGAAUUAGUGACAGGCUACUUAGGCCUUCGCACCAGCUGUGUUGCAAAAUGGGGGACCCAAACUCUCGCAAGAAACAGGCUCUGAACAGACUGCGUUCUCAGUUACGAAAGAAGAAAGAAUCUCUAGCUGACCAGUUUGACUUCAAGAUGUAUAUCGCCUUUGUUUUCAAAGACAAGGUAAUGUAUGAAUAUCCAAAAUCUUGAUUCAGCAGCAAAAGCAUUUUUGUUUUGUUAUAUUCCUAAUGUAUUGACUGUGCAGACUACUGCAUUAUCUAAAAAGUAAAGAAAUGUGAAGUUACUUCUUGAAUUUGCUUAUUGUGACACCUGUUUACACACAUAUUUAUCCCACCCACCCCACAAAGUAUUCUUGGCAAACUGGUUUUAACUCUUCUGUAAACUUCUAAGAAAAACUUUUUAACAAACGCUUUCAAUGUUAAGGAUUAGAGGAAUUUUUGCAGGUUGCUGUAUGUCAUGCUAAAGGUUUGGAGAUCAGUUUCACAAUGAUUAACCAUAACACUGGUUUUAAACGGAUAAAAAAAAAAAUCAUUUACAGACUCUGUAACAGUGCCAUAAACCAUCUUAUUGCAUUGGUUAAUCAGUUUUGAACUCUGCUCUUCAAUGUCAGAAUCAGGUUUGAGUGUUUUUAUGUAGACUGCUUUUUUUUUUCAAAGGAAAACCUCAUGCACUGUGAUUAUGGUGCCAGGAGUGUCUCCAUUGUUUUUUUAAAGCAGUCUGUUCUCAGCCUUUGAGCUGGUACUGCAUGACUUAAUUCUGAAGAGCUAACAGAAGCUGCUAGUAGUAUCUUCUCACUCUUGGUUGCUGGGAGCGGUGCCCAUUGGACCUCAGGUCAGAACUCAAAUUGUCAGUUUUUUCUUGAAAAGCAAGAUAUAAAAUGGGUACCUUAAACACACAUGGUUCUGGUGCUGUCCCUUGCUACUGUGCCUCAAUAUGUUUGACGUUGAUGAUCCACAGUCUAGGUUACUCCAAUGACCACUUCUGCUUUUUGAAGUGUUAAUGUAGGAAGGAAUCUCUAUGAGAAGCCUGUGGACCUCCCUGUGGCUUUGACCACCACUACAAUCAAGUUAACUUUUUUUUUUUGCAAAUAUUUAAGAGUAUCUUUCAAUAGAAAGGACCAACAAAAUAAGCAGCAGUGCAUGCAGGAUCCGUAAAGUAACAAUACAUUUACUUAAAAUUAGUGAAACUUACAUGGCACCGUUUACUCGUGAUAUAACAAUAGCCGAGUUCUGUUCAAAGUAAUGGGCAUAGAUUUGUCAUUGGAACAUGGUAAGUAUAAAAGCAUCAAGAAAUUGGUCUUUAUAUAAAUGCUUCCCAACUAGGAGGGUGUGGUUUUUUUUUUAAGGGACACUACUAGUCCCUCGAACACCGCUUUCAUAUAGUUGUUCUAGUGAGUAUAGUCAGUCCCUGCAGUCUUUUCUAAUGUGAACGCUGCCUUAUUAGAGAAAAGGCAGGGUUUACAUUACAGCUUACAAACUCCUCUAGUGGCCACUCAGAUGGCUAAUAGAGGUACUUCCUGGGUCAGUGCUGCACUGACAUUCAGCUUGAUGGUGAGCUUUCCAGAUGCUGACUGGCCAGGGUCGAUAUCUGCCAAUCCAAUGCUUUUCUAUGGAGGCGAGGCCAGCCGCUGCAAUGACUUCGUAAGUAAAGCUACCUUUUUACUCCAGGGGUUCUCAACUCAGUCCUCGGGACCCACUACCAGUCCAGGAUUUGGGGAUUACCUGGGUGUGUCUAAGGUGUUUUGAAAAAGGGGAGAAAAAAAACACCUUUGACUCUAAGGUGUCUUUUUUUUCUUUUUCUAAACACCUUAGACACACCCAGGUAAUCCCUGGACUGGUAGGGGGUCCUGAGGACUAACGUUGAGAACCCCAGCUUUAACCCCUUAAGGACACAUGGCAUGUGUGACAUGUCUUCCCUUUUAUUCCAGAAGUUUGGUCCUUAAGGGGUUAAACGGGCUCUAUAUGCACCCAGACCAACUAAUUUUAUUGAAGUGGUCUGGGUGCAAUGUCCCUGUCCCUUUAACUCUGCAGUGUUCAUUAUUGCAGUUUCUGAUAAACUGCAAUGAUAACAUUGUAGCGUUAAGACUACCCCUAGUGGCUGUCAGACGGCCAUUAGGGGCACUUCCUGCUUGCUUUGCGACUUUGGUUGUCUGACACUGGAUGUCCUCUUGCUCUGCGUACGUAGAAUCCCCAUAUGAAUGUAUUGCGGAGAAUUGGUUUGGACCUUAACUCCUCUGUGGGGUUACAGAAGAGAGAUAGGUGUAAGCACUUAAGGAGCCCUGAUGCUGGAAAAAGUGAGUGAAUCUUGAUAACAUUUUAAUGCAUGGGGCACCUGAAAAAGAGUAGUGACAAGGACACUACCGUUGGAAAUACAGCUUUGUACAAUAGUAUUCCUGUAAGGUUUAAUUGCUGAAAUUUAAGAGGCUCUUUACCUCUCAAACUUCACAAUUACACCCUUCUUGAGUCGUCUGCUAUCUUUUGUUUUGCUAUGUCAUGCUCUGCAAAGCAGACUUUUUUUUUUUUUUAAAUCAUUUUCUUUGUUAAUUAUACUUUCUAAUAUUGGGAGGAUGCAAAUUGGGUGGACACGCAUGACUGGUGUUGCCAGUGAUGUCACUGUCUAUUCUGCCCACUGAGGUACUAAAGGGGAAAGUCUGGCCAGUCCCCAACCUGCACGACCAUAGAGCUCUCUUGAAGCUCUCGACAUGGUCCUGGUGCUUGUGCACAGUUAGAGUGCAUCUAAUGAAACUAAAUUGGGUUUGUGGGACAGGACUCAAAAAUAUGGGGGAAGGAGUGUUGGCUGUGUUAAUCUUCCUGUAUAGAAAGCGGUAAUCUAGCAAGCUCACAUUAGAAAACAAUUAUUUCUGGCAGGGGAAAUUGAUCAUUUUGGGGGAUUUAUAUUUUCCUCUGUGACUUUAGUUUUGUGUAUGUACAAUGACUAAGGGGUUUUUAUUUUGCAAUUCCAUCUUAUUUUCACAGUUACUGUUUUAUGUUUUGGCAUAAAUGCAUUUAAAUUCUCAGAUAUGUAUAUAUACUUACCAACUUUUAGUAGAAGUUAUAUCUAACUGGUUUACCUAUGCUAAAUUUACAUUUCUCUAGAAGAAAAAGUCAGCUCUGUUUGAAGUAGCUGACGUGAUACCGGUUAUGACCAAUAAUUAUGAAGAAAACAUUCUGAAAGGUGUGCGGGAUUCCAGCUAUUCAUUGGAAAGUUCCCUUGAGCUUCUGCAGAAGGACAUAGUACAGCUUCAUGCACCGCGCUACCAGUCCAUGCGCAGGGUAAGAACAAUUCAAAAAUCGUGCUUGCAGCAGCAUUUAGGAUGAACUGUCAAAUUACUGUUGCACUGCUAUACAGGAUGCAUUACAAAAAUAAUUACAUUGUGUAUAUAAUCCCCCUCAUCCAAAAACUCUCUACAAUGUGUAUAUGUGGAGAUGUGUCUAAGGGAAAACUACAAGCUCCAUAACUACUGCAGGGCACUCUAGUUACUUCCCUUUAAGGAACACUCAAGGCACUUUAUCUUGCUCAUUUAAUUCUAGUGCUAUUUGAAAUUGGUACUCUUGUAAAUCAUUGCACACACACCUGACAGCCAGGAAGGUGAACAGAAGUGAUUUUGUGCUUUGCUAGAACACGCCUGCCUUUCCCCCCCAUGUCCACAGACUGCCUCACUAGCUCAAUUCGAAGUCUUUAAUCCUCUUGACCAUGUGUUCCCCGCAUUACCUACUGUUUAUACUUUUACAUUUCCUGCGAUUUUGCCAUUCACGCUAUCCCUGCUGGCAAAGAAAAUACUGUAUUUAAAACCACUUGAGAGAUACAUUAUAAUCAGAGGGUUAAAAAGUAAUUCCACUGUACAGACUUAAUAAAAAAAAAAACUUUCACUGUCUAUUCUGUGUGUGUAUCUAUCUAUAUCUCUUCAAUGAAAGAAUGCAUUCAAUUAUGUAUUUUAUUUUUUUCUCACUGCAUAUGUUAGUGGAGGUGUGUGUGUAUAUGUUACAAAGUGCAGAUGUCAAUAGACAUUGUAAGUUUUAUAAAUGAACCUUGUUGCAGUACUCUGGCUGUCAGACAAUCAGUCUUAUUAAUUCCUGGUUUGGUUAGCUCAUUGGAGCUAAACUCAAAAGGCAGGCAAUUGCCUUGUAAAGACUUGUCAUUGAGCUGCAUUGGGAUAUCUGUUAUGUGCAGCUACAGUCCGUCUGGGCUAGGUGAUAAGUGAGUGCUUGCAAAGGCUGUAGACGGUACCUUUUGGCUGUUUUAGAUAUACCUCCAAUUGGGGAGAGAGUGUGUGGUGUGUUUUUUUUUUUUUUUUUUCUUGCAGUGGAUUGUCUUUUUAAAGGGACACUAUAUAGUCACCAGAACAACUACAGCUUAUUGAAUUUGUUCUGGUGAGUAGAAUCAUUACCUUCAGGCUUUUUGCUGAAAAUGCAGUGUUUACAUUAUAGCCUAGUGAUAACUUCACUGGCCAUUCUUUAGAUGGCUGUUAGAAAUCCUGCAUGCAGACACUGAACUUUUCUCAUAUAGAUUCAUUGAUUCAAUUCAUCUCUAUGAGGAGAUGUUGAUUGGCCAGGGCUGUGUUUUGAGUUGUGCUGGCGCUGCCUCUCAGUCUCAGCCAGUCCUAUGGUGAAGCAUUGUGAUUGGAUCAGGCUACCACUUCUGCUGAUGCCAGCAGGUAAUGGGCAGGUCUAAAGGAAACGGGGACAAAGCCAGCAGCUUCAGGUUUGAAUGCAAGUAAGAUUUUUACUAUAUUUAGGGAGACAUGAGGGGGGCUAGGUGGUGGUUUUAAUCCUAUAGGGUCAGGAAUACAUGUUUGUGUUCCUGACCCUAUUGUGCUCCUUUAAGGUAUCUGAAAUGACAUAAAAUAAACCGACAUACAUUGCAAAUAAAAAGGGAAAAGGGCUUUAAGUAAAACGGAAACAAUAGCAUUACAUGUAAAUCUGAACAAAUAGUGUUUUUCUAUAUAGUAUGUUUUUAAGAUGUAUUUCAGAAGUUAAUGAGUACUGCUUCUGUAUAAGCCUAAGCACAUACAGAAAGUAAACAUGGCUGUUUUUGCUCAAAAUAUAACUAACCUUUUCUUGUUUUUAGGAUGUAAUUGGAUGCACUCAGGAGAUGGACUUUAUUCUGUGGCCUAGGAAUGACAUUGAGAAGAUUGUCUGUCUUCUAUUCUCUAGGUGGAAGGGAUCUGAUGAGCCCUUUAGGCCUGUUCUGGUAAGUCUCUAGUUUUUUUUUUAGAAUGCUAGCUUUACCUUAAGGUGGAGUGUUUUGUUUUCCCCAUUUCACCCACGUUAGACUGUUUAUCUUCUAGUAGAGAGUAAGGUACAUAAAAGAUUCUUGUAGAUUUGUGAUCUGUAUAGGUUUUUUUUUUUUUUGGUUUUUUUUAAAAAGCCACAAGAGUUGCAUAUUUAAAGAGAAAUUCAUUGUAAUGCAUAUACAUUUUUAAAAGUAUAGAUUUAAUAUAACUUGUAAAAAUAUUUUCUGUUUCUAAGCCUUACAAGCUAUCUUUCAUUAUCUACAGGAAAAAUAGUUUGUGCUUAAAUGGUAGAAAAAUGCAUAACUAAUAAACUUUUAGGUUUUGCAAAAAGUCAUCCUGCAGUCAUCUUCAUGCUGAGCGCAUAAUUUGGUUUAGUCAAAUUGGAAUCUACAUUGCAUUUAAAAAAAAAAAAUUAUAUAUACUUUUUUUUUAUUUUAUUUUUUAUGCAAUAUAGAUUCCAAUUUGACUAAAAUUAUGCACAGAGCUGAAUGCCUACCAUACUUGGUAUAAAUUUAGUAAGUGCACACAUUCAGUUUCAUCAGAACUACAUAUUACACACAAUGGCUUAAGGUGUGUGUAUAUGUAUAUGUAUAUAUAUAUAUUUUUUUUUAAAUCACCUAUGCCAAAUAAGUGGAAGGACCAGGUAAACCAGUUAUAUAAGUCUUGUUUUAAUCUGUGUGAGCUGUAGCGAAACUCUGUUCCCACAUGAUGUGGAGAAGAUUGAAAGCAAAAAACAAGACUAAAGAUGAUUGCAGGAUAACUUUUUUGCAAAACCUAAAGUUAAUUAAAUAUUAACCUAAUGGUUAUGCAUUUUUCUGCAGAUAAUGAAAGGUAACUUGUAAGACUCAGAAAUUGAAAAUAUUUUUUCAAGUUGUACUAAAUGCAUACUUCUGAAAUACUAUAUGCAUUUUAUUACAAUGAAUUUCCCUUUAAAUAGGCAACUUUUUCUUGUGACUUAAUUAAAAGUGUGUGUAUAUUUAUUUUUUGUUUUGUGUGGGGUUUUUUAAUUACAUUUUUAGGUACACCACCCAGCAAGAGACUUAUAUUCUAUCAGGAAUAACUGUCAUGGUUGUUUACUAAAAUGUAAAUUGUCAAGAAUUUAAAACUUUUUGUAGUCCAAAAUGUGCCAACAUAAAUCUUUUGUGCUGGUUUUUAGCUUGACUGUAAAAGUGAAUUCUAAAAUGUACACCAAAGUAGCCACUUUAGUAAACAAUCCUGCCUCAAAGUGUUAAGUCAGGAAUUCACAGUAACUGUUUCUCAUUCUUUGAAUUUAGUGUGGGAAGAUAUGUAGAAAUAUGUGUAAAAUGUUCUGAUUGUAGUGAUUAAUAACUUUGCCAUUACAUUUCAGGCCAAGUUUGAAUUUAAUCAUGGUGAUUAUGAAAAACAUCUUAUGCACGCACUGAGCCGGAAGGACAAGACUGGAAUUGUUAUAAACAAUCCAAACCAGUCAGUGUUCCUCUUUAUUGAUAGACAGCAUUUGCAGGUAAUUUGAAAUCAUGUUAUCGACUCCUCUUCUUGGCUAUUCUGGUCCAGUAAUCUAGUUACAAUUGGCAUAAGAGUGACUUGUUAUGCAACAUGCAACACAAACACAGAAAGCUUCUGUUAAUCCAUUGCAUGCUAAUCGGAACUAUUUUCAUUUGUUUAUUUUUUUUAGACUCCUAAAAGCAAAACCACAAUAUUCAAGUUAUGCAGCAUCUGCCUGUACCUACCACAGGAACAGCUCACCCAUUGGGCGGUUGGCACCAUAGAGGAUCACCUCUGCCCUUAUAUGCCUGAGUAAGGCAUUGACCAGUCAAACAGGGAAGAUCAGAUGUUGGCAGAAAUUUUUUCUUCAAAUUCCAGAAGAAUAUGGACUUAUGCUCAGAACACUUGUACGUUGUGAACCUUCAUGCUGGAUAUUUGUUUUCCUUAUUUUGUAUCAGAACAUUUUUUUUGAGGCGCAGGAGUUCGGUUUUUUUUGUUUUUGUUUGUUUUGUUUUUUUUUUUGGUUCCCCCCCCUCUUCAUUUUUUUUUUUUCUCCUCCAUUCUUUUCUGUAUGGACAUUGUAAAGAGAAGAUGUUUGCAACAUCUUUGCUUUAGCCUCUUCAAAAAUGUGAAAUGAUGGGACACUGAAUCAAAUGUAUCAGGAAGCACAAGGUACUAUUUAUUUGGUGAUCUUCCCAUUUGCACUGGUCAUACCCCUAACAUUUUUUAGAGUGUUAGUCAACAGUAUUGAGGGCAGGGGGUAAAACAUGAAUGUAUCAGGUGUGAAAGCUUUCUUGCUCUACCAGAAAACAAAAGCACUAUAUGAAUCAUUUAAAUGAUGCAAAUGAUUUUGCUGCAGUAAAAUGAAGGUAGGAUUGGGACAGAUAUUUGAGAAGAAAUCCUGUUUGUUCAGCAUUUGCUUUCAUGUCAUAAUUCAUUUUGUAGGGCUGAGAGUGUAAUGGCAUCUUAUGGUUGUUACUUUUUUUUUUUUUUAUAUCUCUCCUCCCAUUUGCUGCGUACCUUUCAGUACAAAAUAAAUCUGCAAGUACAUUAAUGCUCAUAUGGCCUAGGAGUCUGCCUAGCUAAUAUUUUACAUACAAGUUAAAUACUUGGUCAAUGCAGAAACAAUGUUUCUAGAGGAAUCAAGACACACCUGGUGGUGAAUUGUGCAGAUAUUACUUGUUUAAAGAAAAAAGAGUAAUGUUUCUAAGAUAAGAAACCCAUGGUGGGUUUCUGAUAAGUUAUUAAGCAGUUGCAAACUGUAAAAGAAGGUUAAAGUGUGAAAAAGUUGGUUCAGAGAAUAUUUUUAUUUUGUGCAAUGAAAACAAGGUUGACUACUGUUUUUUGAGAAAGCUUUGCUGAAAAGCUUUCAGUACCUUUUUACGAUUACGUAUAUAGGCCUGCUCCCUUUGGCUAAUACUAGUGCUUACCUGGUUUAAAUUUGUAUCUAGCUUUUUUUUUUUUUAAUUUUUUUUUUUUUUAAUUGGAUUACAAUGGAAAUUAAAAUAAAUGAGGUGAAAACAAUUUUAUUUUGUUUUAAUCUUUUUGGUAUGCUUGCUGUGGAUAUGUACAGUUCACUCAAACCUAGGAGACGUGGCCCAUUUAAUCUACUCAUUAAGUCUAAAUUGGUGACGAUUACCUUGUGGACAUCCCAGUUAUUAUUGAAACACUUCAUAAAGUUAAUUUGCAACAGAACACACAUUUGCAUCCUGUGUUAAAAUUAGUUGACCUGUACGUUUAAUAAUUAAAC